CCACGCCACACUUGUCGGUAGUCAAAGUGUGAUCCCUCGCUCCUCCGCCGCCGCUGGCCCGCUGCUGCCAUGUCCACCGCCGCGGCCGCCGCUGCCCGAGGUCUCAAAUCCGUCACCCGCGCCGCCUUCUCCUGGAAGCCGGUGAGUGAGAGACAGCGAGGAACUCUGUCUCUAAACCCUGGAGCUUUGGCUGGCUGUUUGACUAACCCCUUUUGCCCCUCAUGCCAGACGGGUCGGGCGCAGCAGACGCUCGCGGCGGCGGUGAGCAGGUCGGGCGUGGGGCUCCACUCGGGCGCGUGCGCCACCGCCACGCUGCUCCCUGCGCGCGCGGGCGAAGGGAGGUACUUCGUCGUGGAGGGGGAGGGGGAGGCGAGGGUGGCGGCGGAGCUGGGGAAUGCCGAGCCACAGUCCCCGCUCUGCACCACGCUGCGGAGCGGGAGCGGCGUCGCGCGGGUGCGCACGGUGGAGCACCUGCUCUCGGCCAUGGAGGCGCUCGGCGUCGACAACUGCCGCGUCGAGGUCAGCGGCGGCGACGAGAUCCCUUUGCUUGAUGGAUCAGCGCAAGAGUGGGUGGAGGCCAUACGGGGUGCCGGUCUGUGUGAGGCCGAUGAUAUCGGUGGACAAAAGUUGGAGAAACUGGCACCCAAAAUCGAUGAGCCUGUUUACCUGCGGAAGGACGAUUGCUUUGUAGCUGCAUUCCCUUCCUCGCAAACCCACAUCACCUAUGGAAUUGAUUUUCCAAAGGCACCAGCGAUUGGUUGUCAAUGGUUCGAUACUUUCCUGGAUGCUGAUGUAUACUCAAGCAAGAUAGCUCCUGCAAGAACUUUCUGUAUAUUUGAAGAGGUUGAAAAAAUGCGUGGUGCUGGGCUUAUAAGAGGGGGAUCACUAGAAAAUGCUAUGGUUUGCAGCAUGACUGGUGGUUGGCUUAAUCCACCACUUCGUUUUGAUGAUGAACCUUGUCGCCACAAGGUUUUGGAUCUUAUCGGUGAUUUCUCACUUCUUGCUCAGAAUGGCAGCCAGGGCUUUCCAAUUGCUCAUGUAGUUGCCUACAAGGCUGGCCAUGCCCUGCACACCAGUUUUCUACGUCAUUUAUCGGGAAUGGCCGAUGUGGACCAAGGAACGCUUGCUUAGCGAUUUUGAAGCGCAUGGUGGCGGGUACUGUUCAUACGUUGCUGACAGCGAUGCUCGAUAAGAAGACGGCAAAUAUUCAGCAUACCGGUACUAAUAACCAUCUGAUGGCCCUCGUCCAUCCUGACAGCCGGGGCCCGGUGUCAGCUUAUAGUCAGAUUAAAACCUUACUCUAGUGUCUCUGUGUAUUGUAGUAGUAUAUCUCCAUCUUUGGCCCGUGAUUUCUUUAGUUUCACGAAGCAUGGUAUUUUAUCACAUGCUUUAAUUUUUUUUGCGAGAGAUUUUAUCACAUGCUUUGGGAAGAUUGAUCCGAAGAACUAUGUUUGUACUCCAUGCGUUAUACUAGUUGCAGCUGAA